AUGGCUGUAUCCGUGCGGUCGCAUCUCGGCCCAAUGGUGGUUCGCAUGGCGACAUGUUUGUUGGCCAUGCAGUCGUCUUGCGUCGGCUUCUUACCUGGGAUGACGAUGAGCAGGAAGGAGAGCAUGGGCUGCUGCAGGAUGUGCAGACCCGUUAUCAUGCAAGAAGCAAGGGAAGGGACAGACAGGCAGAAGAAGCAUGUCUUUCUGAUCGGAGCUCGCGAUGCAGGGAAGAGAUGUUUGGGGGAGCUCGUUGCUCCCCGACUGCAUGCAAGCUACCGAGAGUUGAGGAGUGUCGAGAUGUUGAGGAACUUCAUGAACAAGUUCGACGAGUGCGAGCGCAGUGAGGUCUUGGCGUGUACAUGUCCGGAGUGGGAGAAGCCUGAAUGUACCCGGCUCCUAGAAGGCCUGCAGGAAGAAGGGCACCUCGUCAUUCAUAUCAAUCGAGAUGCUCAGCAUGAAGACAAGAGGAGCUCGUUGAGAUCGUCAGCAGGGCGAGCCGUUCGCUGGGACAAGAUCCCUUAUCGCUUCACCAACAUGGAUUACGAUUGGAGCACGACGGACAGGAGCAUGGCGAGCAUUGCAAGGGAGAGGGCAGCUCAAGAUCUCCACUUCCUGAUCGUUCGCCUCGUCCAUUUCCCAGCAUGCCCGAUCCCUCUAGGCUCUUUCACCGUCCCUCUUGAGAAGCUGCCGAUGCAGUCAGAGGAAGGGCUAUGGCGUGAGAUCGCUGCUGUAGAGAGCGGGGGGGAUGCUCUAGUGUUCCGUGUGGACCUGUUGGAUGAAACCGAGGCAGCCGCGAUCGAGAGGAGUUUCGCCAAGAUCAGGCGCCUCUCCCGCCUUCCUAUCAUCUGGACUGUGCGCAGCAUCGCACAGGGAGGGAACUUCCGGGGCUCGGAGGAGGAAUACACGGAGCUGAUGAUGCUCGGGGUGGAAACGAGCUUCUCGUUUGAGGUACAGGAGAAGAUCAUGAAGUCGAAGCGGCAUACUCGCAUAAUCUCCUCUACCAUAGACCCCGAUGAACGAUUCUACACAGCAGGCGAGAUUUACAUGACGCUGAAGUUGGCGGCGAACGCCUUUGAGGGUUUGGUCGACGUGAUCAGACUGACCGUCACCUCGUCGUCGGCCGAUCAAGUCGUGGAGGUGCAGGAGGGGCUGAGAAGUUUCAGGGCGACAGAACGGACGUGUGCGAGUGUUGUCUGCAAUGGAGAUGGGACGAGCGAGUUGUCAAGACUGUACAACUCAGUCUUCACACCCACCCGACAGGCGCAUGGAGGAGCUGAAGGAUCUGAAGGAGCUACAGGAGGUGGAGGAGGUGCAGGAGGUGGAGAUCACGGGGAGAGUCGACCACUGACGGCCUCGUCGCUUUUCUCGAGGAGGGUGCAGCAGCGGCUAAUUGCUCCGAGGACUUUCUGUAUCAUCCCCGAGGGUGAGAGGAGCGAGAGGCUACGAGCAAUGGUCCGGAGGGCCUUCACAGAAGCCGGCCUUGACGGGGUCUUCCGGGUAGAGGACGGGGCGAAAAAUGUUUCCUCCUUCGAACAGAUGCUGAGGCUACCGAGUCAGGGGAUGGGGGGAUGGACCAGCGAGGAUGUGACGUGGAAAAAGGCAAGUGACCAUGUUUCGGCCUUGACCCCGGCCUGUGUCAAGGGGGAGCAUGCGAACUUCUUCACAGUGCUGAUGAGCAGCGGGGGAGAGCUCUACCUGCAUGCCGACGAGUACAAGUCCCAGAGCGUCGGGAGGAUCCUGAGGGGGAUGUUCGACGAGGAGGUGAUCGAUCAGAGGAGAAGUUCCUCCCAACCUCUCAAAGUUCUCUUGCUCGGAGAGGAGAAGGAAGUCAGGGCAGCGGCUGCCGCUCUGAUCUUGAUGCCCUUGGGGUUUGUCUCUGCUCCCAUAUCGUUCCUGAGCCCGUCGGGAUCACCGCAGCAACUCCCCUGCGUCGAGAGCAUCGAUCUCUGCGACGUGGCGUGCUCAGCGUUCGACCUGGUUAUCUGCAGCCAGGGCAAGUUGGAAGGAGAGGAGAUCCGAUCUGCAGUCGAGCACGCAGAACAUGUCAUCGACCUUGACAGCGAUGAGAUGCUGAAGGAGGAGUCGAUUUCUGUCUUGAUGGUGAGAGAAGGACUUCUUGUGGAUGAUGAUGGUGAUUGA